UAUGUUAGAAAGGUGGCCAUGUCUGGUGUUUCUGCUUUAUUAAAACAACAAAAACGUAAACACAAGAUGAUACCUGUUGAUCCGUAUAAACGAUCAAAUACUACAGCGCCACCUGACAAUAAGUUUGAUCCUGGAGAUAGGGCAGAUAACUCCUGGCAUCAAUAUGAUGCAUCACAUCCAGUUGAUUCAGAAGAGAAAUGGAAUAAUGCAGCAUUUGUGGAGAAAACACAUUGGGGUUUCAACUGUUGGCCAAAAAAAAUGAUGAUCCAUGCUCCUGCCCCGGAACAACCAGAAUUAAAUCGUGAUCGUAAAGUUCUGUCAGAAGCUGAGGCAGUAAUAUACGAUAAUUUCCAGAAUCCAGCAUUUAUUGAUAAAUUAAUCUCCUUUCUAUCUCUAGAAGAACAAAAGGGUCGUGAUAAAUUCCGAACAAAAUAUCUCGCUUUAUUUAAGGGUUUAUUUCGUAAUUAUGGUAUAGUAAUGUUAGAUAUAUUUAAAGCUCAUAUAGAGAGAUUAGUAAUGGAUACUAGUCAUGAUAAACAAGACUGUAGUCAGAGAUGUGGUAUGGAAAUAUUAGGUGGUGCAAUACGUGGUGCUAAACACUGGUCUUAUACACAUGUUAAAGAAUUAUGGGACUGGGCAGCACCAUUAUUACAGAAGACGUUCCCUAACUUUAGUAUAGAAACUGUAGAUGAUUGGGGCACAUUCUAUAGUUCAAUAUCAGAAAGCAGAGAUCCACGUAAAUUAUUUCAACUUUAUGAACUUUUAUUACAAAAUCCCUUCAGUGGAGAAGGGGGUGCAUUCGGGGAUUCAAGUCGUUUAUUGAUCAUAUUAAGUGGCUUAAUUCAACAAGAAUGGAGAGUACCUCAAUUAUUACAGAAGUUACUAAAAAUAGUAACACCACAUUUAGCUCAUCAGUAUAAAAAUGUCAGGGAUCAACUAGGAAGUUUACUGGCUAAUAUAUUUCUGUAUGAUUAUAAAAUAUAUCCUAAAUCUGUUAUCCGAUCACCUCAAAUAUCUGACUUCAUGACACUAGUUUUACCACAGUUAGAGAAGCUUAAAGUUGAAGCAAUUACACCUAACUCAGAAGACACAGAAGUAAAGAUGGAAGUAGAUAAUGUCGACUCUACAGAAGAAGAAAGAAAACAUGCUAUAAGACUAUGUAAAACAGUGUUGAAAUUUUUAGUGAGUAGUAAUGGUAGAGCCUUUACCACAUCAUCUAAAGAAGUUUUACCACUAUUACCUAUAAUUUGUGCUUUAGAUUGUGAAUCAAAAGAUGAUGAUCUGAAAGUUUUGCGACAAAAAGCUUUUUAUUGUUUGUCUCAUGCUUUAAUAGAAAUAGACGAUAUACCAGUUGUCAUAGCAACCAUGAAAGAGGCGGCAAGUUUACAGUCAUGGCAUGCGAGGAAAUCGAUACUACGAUAUAUACAGAAUAUAGUAUUUGAUAAUUUCUUCACAGUCGAUAAACCAGAAUAUAAACAACAAAUACAAGAAUUAUUGUUUAAUUUAAUCUGUGAUGAACAAUUAGAGGUUAGAGAAAUGGCAUCUGUAACAUUAAGUGGUUUAUUACACUGUGGAUUCCUUCAACUAGAUCAAGAUAUGAUGGGUCAUUUUGAACAGUUAAGAAGAAUUAAAGUUAAGAAACGUAAAUUAACACAAGCGUUGCCGUUAGAUACGCUAAUAAAACGCCAUGCCGGUGUUCUUGGACUCAGUGCCUGUGUACAGGCGUAUCCCUACGAUGUUCCAGAAUUUGUUCCACAGAUUCUUAUGGAUUUAUCUGUUCAUGUUAAUGAUCCUCAACCAAUCCAGCUAACCGUGAAGAAGACGUUAUCUGAUUUUAGACGAACACAUCAUGAUAAUUGGUUAGAUCAUAAACAGAUGUUUACUGAUGAUCAGUUGGUUGUUUUAACAGAUUUAUUAAUAUCACCUAAUUAUUAUGCAUGAUCUACUACUUGCUGGUUCAAGGGUAAUGAUUAUGCUGAAGAUACAUGUAGAGCUGUAUUUAUCUGCUUUAUCAUCUUCCAUGUGUGUUGUAGAUCAAUUGACAUGCUUACCUUAUGCAUCUGACGCCAUUCUCAUUUAACCCCAGAACUCCCAGUUAUAAGUGAUGCCUUUUAGAAUACUACCUGUGAUGACGAUGACUUUUAGAAUACUACCUGUGAUGGCGAUGACUUUUAGAAUACUAUUUGUGAUGGCGAUUACUUUUAGAAUUCUACCUGUGAUGACGAUGACUUAUAGAGUACUACCUGUGAUGGCGAUUACUUUUAGAAUACUACCUGUGAUGGCGAUUACUUUUAGAAUUCUACCUGUGAUGGUGAUGACUUUUAGAAUACUACCUUUGACAGCGAUGACUUUUAGAAUUCUACCUAUAAUGGCGAUGACUUUUAGAAUACUAUUUGUGAUGGCGAUUACUUUUAGAAUUCUACCUGUGAUGGUGAUGACUUUUAGAAGACUACCUUUGAAGGCGAUGACUUUUAGAACACUAACUGUGAUGGCAAUUACUUUUAGAAUACUAUUUGUGACGGCGAUGACUUUUAGAAGACUACCUGUCUACCUGUGAUGGCGAUAACUUUUAGAAUACCAUGAUACCUAGUGCCAUGGAUCUAGUCGAAGUUGCUUCGAGUAUGUCAAAUAAAUGAAAAAGACAAAACUCUUUUAUCAAAUUGUGGUAAAGUACUUUGAGUUGAAAUGUUUUGUACCAUAAACUAGAAGAUGUGUAUGAAACUUGACUAAAUCAUUUGUCAUAGAUAAUCAGCCAUUAAAGACGCUGGUCGCCAUUUGAGGGAUUUUGAAUGUUGACUGUUUAAAAGGAAUAUCAGUUCAAAAUGGUUCAAUACCUUUCAUUAUUUACAAAGUUAUAAUAAUGAAUAAAAUUUGGCAUCGUAUUGGAACCGCUGCAGAUGAAAAAAAAAAAAAAUAUGUCAUCGCCACCUCCACUAUUAGUGUGGAGUAAAAUAUAUCUAUGGAUAUCUGUUUAAUCCAGUUGAAACCACAUCUUGGAGAAUAUCUGCCAUUGAUAUUUUUAUUUUGUUUUCUUAAUUGGAACAGCAUUACAUGUAGGUAAGAUUCGUUAAAGAGCUAACAGUUCUCGCUAUAAUAGUUAAAAUAAAGAUAAUGAAAAGAUAAUAUAAUGAAAAUUUCAGUCAAAUUACUUCACUCGGAGUAUCUCUUUAAUCCAAUUGAAUCCAAGCCUUGAAGAAUAUCUGCCAAUGAUAUUUUGCGUUUGUUUUCUUUAUUGAAACGGCAUUAGGUACGAUUAGAUAAAGAGCUGACAGUUCUCGCUAUAAUAUUUAAAAAAAUAGAUAAUUAAAAGAUAUGCUGAAAAUUCCAGUCAAAUUGCUUCACUCUGAUCCAAGAUAUCUGCAAUACAAUUAAAGUGACAUGUAGGUACGAUUAGAUAAAGAGCUGAAAGUUCUCGCUAUAAAAUUUAAAAAAUAGAUAAUUAAAAGGUAAUAUGCUGAAAAUUUCAAUCAAAUUACUUCACUCUGAGCUUAGAUAGCGACGAUACAAUUAUAGCCUAGCCUCGAUUGCCAUUACUACUAUUGUUACAAUAAUAAACAAAGUCUCGAUUAGCCAUUUUUACGGUAACCGCAUCGACCACAAAAGUAUUUAAAUCUACUUAUAUCGCAGCCAUCUGAUGGCAUCGAGAGUUGAUUAUGGUCUUGAUAAGUUAAUUAAUGUCUAAUUAAUAAUUUAAAUAACAUUUAAGGCUUUAAAAAGAACCUGCAAUAGGCAGAUUUAGCUCUUGCAUAAUGCCUGUUUAAAUGUUAAAAAAGUCAAUUUUGAGUUCAUUUUAGCAGGCAUUAAGUCGAGAAAAAUUCUAUAUUGUCCAAAUAAUGACAAUCAGCCACUUUAAUGGUCAAAUAGUUUUAUAAGAUACUGUUAGAAGAACAAAUAACCCCUAUUGUUAUUUCGCGCUUGUUUACAAAAAUAAAAUGAAAUGCGGUUUAACAUCCUACUGUUCUUUUUUGACUGGGCUGAUGAACCUCCAGGUUAGCGAGCCAACAUCUUACUGACCGAACCACCAUGGCAUCUGUGCUUGUAUCAAAUGCAUGCAUACUGUUUAAUUGUUAAUGUAAUUAAUUUGUAGUUAGAUCUAAUUAAUAGGCUUUUAAUCAUAGUCAAUGUAAAUAUGUUCUGACUGAAAAUGAAUUCAAUAUGUAUUUUAUUUUUUGUCUAUUUUUUUAUUUUAUUUUAUACUAGAUCUGAAACUAAAUGUAUGCUUAUUCUUCCCAUACGGUCACUUCUUCUCAUUUGGUGGAAGUUCACAUGGCAAAAAAAUAAAAAUGUUAUAGCAGAGCUUUAUAUUAAUAAAAGCCAUUCCAUAUUUUCAUCUUUUGCUCAGUGGUAAAAUCAAAAUAGCAUUGUUGGUAAUCAUACACUGAUUGUUGAUAAUUAUACACUGAUUGUCGAUAAUCAUACACUGAUUGUUGGUAAUCAUACACUGGUUGUUAAUAAUUAUACACUGAUUGUUGAUAAUCAUACACUGGUUGUUGGUAAUUAUACACUGAUUGUUGAUAAUCAUACAUUGAUUGUUGAUAAUUAUACACUGGUUGUUGAUAAUCAUGCACUGGUUGUUGAUAAUCAUGCACUGGUUGUUAAUAAUCAUGCACUGGUUGUUAAUAAUUAAACACUGAUUGUUGAUAAUCAUACAGUGAUUGUUGAAAAUCAUACACUGGUUGUUAAUAAUCUAUAAUGAAAAUCUUUUAAAACAAAUGUUUGGAGCUUAAUUUUUUUAAAAAAAUUUUGAAUGUGAUAUUGAAUUAUAUGGAGAUCUCUUUACUUUCAUGUGUGAUUCUCUUUGGGGUCCAGAAUCCAGAAUCUUGGACCUUUUUUUUUAAUUUAAAAAUUUAAUUUUCAUGUGUAUGUAUUUUGACUAUUUCUGGUGUUUUAUUUCUUCUGCUUAUUAAAAUAAAAUUUAUUCCACUAAAAUUUUGAAUAAAUUACUCCACUAAAAUAGAGUUAUAUUACCAAAAAGAGCCAUUAUUAUUAUCGCUCUGCUGAUGCCAAAACAAAAAUUCAAAGCUCCGAUUUAAGAAAAAUACAUUCAAGACAGAGAAGUUGAUCUUGAAAAAUAACUUCCAACAUUAAUUUUUUUUUUAUAAAAUAUUUAAUUAAUUAAAAAGGAGUUUGUGUGGAGUAAAAUCUUAUUGUUGUUAAUGUAAUGAGUUAAAUUCAGUAUGAAUUAUUGUAUAUAAAUUUCUGUAUAAACUGUGUAAAUGGUUUUAGUCAACAAAAUAUGGUCAUUGACCUGAACAGAUACCAGAUGGUUUUUGAAAACGAAAGUAGUUUUUUUGCACCCAGUACUUCAUGACUAUGGUAACCAUUAUUCUGUACUGGCCGUACAAUUGUAUAGUUACAUAGAGAAGGUUAAUCGUAGCCAUGUCUGAAAAUUGGGUUUUGAAAAUAAAAGCUCUUUUUCCGGCGUGCAAAAUGACCGAUGGGUCAGAUCUAGUUACGGCCAUUUUCCAUAGCCCUAGGUCUUGACCGGUAUAUACGGCCGACGUGGAACCCAUAGUAUGGUUGUGUUGGAUUUACACAGUGGACUUGUCAGUAUAUCAGAGGUUUGGGGAUGGCCGGGGUCAACUCCAUGAUUGUAUCCCCCCCCCCCCAAUAUUCAAGUAGUGGACCCAAUCCCAGUACAUUCUGCACACAGAGACCCAUCUACUUCAUUCUUCGAGAAUAGAUCUCUGUCCUUAAUGACCGCCAUGUUUUAAUACAUUUCUACUCUGUUUCUCAUCUGUCAUACAGUAUGAUACACACACAGACUAAAUAAAAUUUCUCAAUUUCAUUAAAUGGAAGCAGAAUAAAUUCUCAACAAGAUUUUCGAAGUAUACUUAGUGUUUUUGACUAAAAUCGUCGAUUUAGGAUUUAAAAUGUCGGUCAACUAGCUUAGUGUCUGUUCUCAAGCGAAGCAAACUGGGGACCGACGGCCUGAGUAUUGGCCGAGUACUCAGAAUUACGAGAUAGGAAAACAUUUAGAAUAUGUCAAAGCACAUAAAAUAAACUUUUUGUUCAAAUAAAAUUAAAUAUAAAUUAGCCACAUUAAAAUACAGACCCACAUUCACACCAUCUUGUCGGGCUAUUAGGCAGCUUGUACAAGGAAGUUAACAGCCAUAGCAUCAAAUUUCAAAACAUUUUUUUUUUAUAAUUUCACUCUUUGAUUGGACCCCCGCCCUUCUCUCUGUAUACCACUGCAGUAAUUAAUGAAUUUGAUAACUAACAAUAACUAGGCAUUUCUGAUAAUGUAAACAUAAAUUUUCUGUCGGCAUAAAAUCUGAAAUUCGAUAGGGUUUUCUGUUGACAAAAUAAAACCCAGAGUGUCGACAUGUGAUUUUUAAUUGUGGUAUGAAUUCCUCUGCUUAAAUAACGAUAAGAGUUAUGCCCCUUUAUUUUCGGUAAAAUGUCCGACAAGAAAAAGUUUGAAAUCCCAUCACUGGUGUAAAAACAACACAACCUGAAAGAAAUUGAGAAAUGGAAGACUAUUUGCCUCUUGUAUGUCCUGUUAAUUAUUAUUGAUAUAUUGGUGGGGAAUUUAUACUUACGUUUAUGUAUAAUAUAUAUGUAAAAUAUUGAAUUGUGGAUUGUCAAUUUAGAAAAUAAAUUAACUUUUACUUUUA